AUGUCUUCGACAAGCAGAUGCAAUUCUUGUUGUUGCAAUGGGCAACAAAAAGCCGAAAAACCAAACUCUGAUGCGAGAACUGUUGAGUACUAAUCAGGAUGGUGCGCGAACAAACAAGGAGCUCGUUUUACUGUGGCCAGAGAACACAUCUUCUCCUUCUGGAACCCACGAAUGGUUCAAGGAUACCUAUUAUACGGGUCACCAUCACAUUCGUGCCCCAAAACGCAUGUUCCAGUGGUCUUCAAAGAAGCGUAAAGUCUCCAGAGAAACAUUACAUUCCGUAAAUGAACGAGAUGUAGUUGAAUAUUAUGAAAAGAAUGUGUUCUGGACGGUUGAUUUUCGCUCCGACUUUGCAAGAGUUGCUAGAAUACUCACUGGCAAUGCUAUAGGUUUAGCUUUAGGAGGUGGUGGUGCAAGAGGUGCAGCUCAUGUAGGAGUCUUACGAGCCUUAAGGGAAAGGGGCAUUCCUGUAGACAUUAUUGGUGGUACAUCAAUUGGCGCUCUCGUGGGAGGAGUUUACGCAGGUACACCUGACGAGAGAGUCGAAGAACGUGCGAGUGUUUGGUUUGGGACGAUGACGAGCCUUUGGCGCAAAAUUUUGGAUUUAACAUAUGCGCAUUCGGCCAUGUUUACGGGUGCUCAACUAAACAAAUGUUUGCGAGAUCUCUUUGGUGAACAAGACAUAGAAAAUCUUUGGAUGCCAUACUUCUGCAUCAGCACAGAUAUCACAACUUCCGAGAUGCGAGUGCACCGUAGUGGACCGCUGUGGGCAUACUGUAGAGCGUCAAUGUCACUCGCAGGCUAUCUUCCACCGAUGUGUGAUCCCCAGGAUGGUCAUCUGCUUUUAGAUGGCGGAUAUGUCAACAAUCUUCCUGCCGACGUGAUGAAAUCGAUGGGUGCAAAAUGUGUGAUUGCGGUAGAUGUCGGUUCUUCUGAAGAAACGAAUCUGUACAACUAUGGUGAUUGUCUCAGUGGAUUAUGGGUCCUUUGGCAGCGUUUAAAUCCAUGGGCUGAACCUGUGAGAAUCUUGAAUAUGGAGGAAAUACAGACUCGGUUGGCAUAUGUAUCAUGCGUUCGACAGCUGGAACUUGUAAAGAAAGCACCAUACUGUAGCUAUUUCCGACCAGCUAUUGACCCAUUUAAAACGCUGGAGUUCAACAAGUUUGGGGAGAUUUUGGUAAUCAUAUCUCUUCUUUUUCUUGUAGAUGAUUUAAAACUUAAUUUUCAGGAAAUUGGUCAUGAGUACGCUAAAGGAAAGAUUGAGGAACUCAUGGAAUCUCCAACAUUUAGCAACUUGUUAAUGGGUGAUGCUCAACAAACUCGAUUUCAUCGUCAGCUUAGCAGAACCAAUAAGGUCGCUUUU